GGUGGGACUUUCACAAAGAAGCCAGAGCAUGACUCCCACGGGGCAGAGUCUCUGGAAGAGUGGGGAGUGUGGAGAGGGCAGUUACUAGCCACAGAGUGAGAGGGGUCAGGCCCUCCUGCUGUCCUGGCCUCUGUUUCCCCAUGUGCAGCAGUGAGAGAGGCCUCCUCACUGGGGGCCAUGUCUGAACCACACUGAAUCGCUCCGGGCAACACCGUCUGGGGAGGCACAGGUCCCGAGUUGCAGAAAGCCACUAAACGUCAGCUGUGGGCGGAGGACCCAAAGAGCCCCGAGGUUCCUGAGGGCCCCUCAAUGUCCCAGCAGGGGCAUGGCCCUGCCCGGCUGGUGGAUCCCAUGGCCCUGGGGCUGGGCAUGCCUUCCGCCUCGUGGCAGCCCACCUCGGAUCUGCUCUGUACCCCGUGACCAGAGCACCCACUGCAAGCCUUCCACGCGGUUUGUGUCACCUCCACCCUCCAAAGCCGUUCCUGCCCCGGAGUCGCUCGCUGGCGUCAGACCCCCGUGGCUCCUGCACCGACAGGCGAUUGGAUCACUGCUGUCCACACCAUGGAUUUGCAUCUCUUUGACUACUCAGAGCCAGGGAACUUCUCCGACAUGAGCUGGCCGUGCAAUGGCAGCGACUGCAUCGCGGUGGACACGGUGCUCUGCCCGGCCAUGCCCAGCAAGAGCGCUCUGCUGUACACACUCUCCUUUAUUUACAUUUUCAUCUUUGUGAUCGGCAUGAUCGCCAAUUCCGUGGUGGUCUGGGUGAACAUCCGGGCCAAGACCACUGGCUACGACACGCACUGCUACAUCUUGAACCUGGCCAUCGCCGACCUGUGGGUGGUCGUCACCAUCCCAGUCUGGGUGGUCAGCCUGGUGCAGCAUAACCAGUGGCCCAUGGGAGAGCUCACGUGCAAGGUCACUCACCUCGUCUUCUCCAUCAACCUCUUCGGCAGCAUCUUCUUCCUCACGUGCAUGAGUGUGGACCGCUACCUCUCUAUCGCCUACUUCACCAACACGUCCAGCCACAGGAAGAAGAUGGUCCGCCGCGCUGUCUGUGUCCUGGUGUGGCUGCUGGCCUUCUGUGUGUCCCUGCCCGACACCUACUACCUGAAGACCGUCACGUCUGCGUCCAACAACGAGACCUACUGCAGGUCCUUCUACCCCGAGCACAGCGUCAAGGAGUGGCUGAUCAGCAUGGAGCUGGUCUCCGUCAUCUUGGGCUUUGCCAUCCCUUUCUCCAUCAUUGCCAUCUUCUACUUCCUGCUGGCCCGAGCCAUCCCCGCGUCCGCUGACCAGGAGAAGCAGAGCAGCCGGAAGAUCAUCUUCUCCUACGUGGUGGUCUUCCUGGUUUGCUGGCUCCCCUACCACGUGGUGGUGCUCCUGGACAUCUUCUCCAUCCUCCACUACAUCCCCUUCACCUGCCAGCUGGAGAACUUUCUCUUCACGGCCCUGCACGUGACGCAGUGCCUGUCCCUGGUGCACUGCUGCGUCAACCCUGUGCUGUACAGCUUUAUCAAUCGCAACUACAGGUACGAGCUGAUGAAGGCCUUUAUCUUUAAGUACUCGGCCAAGACAGGUCUCACCAAGCUCAUAGAUGCCUCCAGAGUGUCGGAAACAGAGUACUCCGCUUUGGAGCAAAGCACCAAAUGAGGUGCUCCGCAGCGUGGCCAGGCGUGGGCUCUGGCUCAGGGGUGCUGGGGCUGCAUCACUCCCCAGCGGAAAGUGAGGGGGCUUCGGAGCUUGAUGCCUGAGUGGCGUCAAGAGGGGAACACGUGUCGCUGCGUCCUUUCUCCCUUUUUUGUGGUGCCAAUGUGGCUGUCGUGUGGCUGUGGGUUCUGGCAGUGUUCAUCUUGCAGGGCUGUGCUGCGCGGCCAGUGCUACUUGUCAAAGCCGCCUACAGGACAGGCUCUUGCCUGCACUUCUGUAAAAUAGGACUUUGUGUUCCCUGAGGGUUUUAUAAGGUGAUUUGUAUUUAAAUGUUAAGACUUUAUUUUCUCACUAUUGCUGUACCUUAUAAAUGUAUCUGAAAGUCUAAAUAUAUUUUAAAUAUGGUAUGGGAGGUAUAAUGCUGACAUAUAUUCAGAGUGUCGUAGUUUUAAGAUCAGUCUGAUUCCGGUUUGACUAAGGAUGACAUCAUUGUUAGCUGUUUUGAAAUUAUAUAUAUAAAUAUAUGAAUAUAUGCCAGUCUUGGCUGAAAUGUUUUAUUUACCAUAGUUUUAUAUCUGUAUGGUGCUUUGUUACCGGCGUGGCACAUGGAACGAAAACGACUCUAUAAUGCAGUCUGUGAUACUGUAUUGUAAAGUUACUUUGAAAAAAACAAAACCAAGCAAAACUCUUUCAGGCUGCAAUGCUGUGCACAAACGGAGAGUCUGAUUUCAGGGUGUUCUCUCCAUUUGUAAGUUAUUUUUUUUUAACAAAGAUUUUUUUUUUCCUAAAAAGACAUUUUGGUUUCAGUUUUAAACGUACGUUUGGCAUUUAGGUGCCAUGUAUGAUAAUACCGUAUGGAUGUAUCCUGCAUCUACAGGUCAACCUAAGUAAUUUUUUUUUUUUAUAAAGUAACUACUAUAAAGGCAAAACCCAAGGAGUUAACUUGGAUAAAAUGAUGUGAAAGGAAAAA